GGUCUGAAAGCACAGCGUGGAAUGAAAGGAGACUCUGGCCAAAAGGGAGAUCAAGGUCCUCCAGGGCUGCCAGGUAAACAGGGAUUCAGAGGUCAUGGAGGGCAGUCUGGUGUACAGGGAGAGAUUGGCCCCACUGGACCUGCUGGUUUACCCGGGCCUACGGGCUAUGAUGGAUCUGUUGGAGAUCCAGGGAGACAGGGAAAAGAUGGACUUAAGGGAGAGAGAGGCCUACCUGGUAUCCAAGGUGUUCCUGGACCACGAGGUGACAAGGGUCGGACUGGCCAAGGGGGAUUUGCUGGUUUUCCAGGACCUCUGUAGGUGGCACUGCAAACAAAUUUACAUGGUAUUCACAGACCACUGUGGCAAUAAUACACUUCACCAAAGGGGGAGAUGGGAAAAUCAGGAGAACCAGGACCUGAAGGAGAGCCCGGGCAGACUAGGAGUCCCUGGAGGAACCGGAUUUAAAGGUCAAAAGGGACUGCAAGGUGCUUUAGGGAGUAGAGGACAGGACGGCACUCACGGUGCAACUGGAUCGAUAGGACCACCAGGGUCAGAUGGAGAUAGAGGACUUCAGGGUCCCCGGGGUUUACAGGGAAGGCCUGGUGCACCAGGAAUCCAAGGUCCCGUUGGAAAAAGUGGGGAACCAGGGAGCCGGGGUCUCGCUGGCAAACCCGGAAAGCCUGGAAUUGGAGGUGUCAAAGGCAGAGAGGGUUCAGUGGGCCGUCAUGGCAGUCCUGGAGAGAAGGGGAAAAAUGGCCCUGAGGGGCCCAAAGGAAAACAUGGUCAGCCAGGUCUACGAGGCCUACCAGGAGAGAAGGGCUACAAAGGACCCGCGGGCCCACAAGGAAACAUAGGUCAGUGGGGUGAGCCUGGUCUGCAGGGACCGGUAGGAAAUAAAGGGCCCAGAGGACCGCCAGGGCCGCAUGGAGUGGCUGGGUACCCAGGUAAAGAUGGACCAACUGGACCCCUCGGACCACCAGGAGAUAAAGGCGAUAAGGGACUGAGAGGAGCCAGUGGACUGAAGGGAGUUGCCGGUAUCGAUGGUGAGGAGGGCCAAGUGGGUGAAAUUGGACCAGUUGGACCAGUAGGAAGUAAAGGCUUGCCUGGUGAGAAGGGUAAAGAAGGAUCUUUUGGUGAUCGUGGCCCAAAGGGAAUCCAAGGGGAGAGUGGAAAUCAAGGACCACUUGGAGUCCAAGGACCAAAUGGACGAGAAGGGUUGAGGGGCGCUCCAGGGCAGAAGGGAGAUCCUGGAUCCCCUGGUGAAAAAGGUCAGCCAGGUUUGAGAGGUGACUCUGGCUUGGUGGGAAAGUACGGUCCCGGAGGGAACAUGGGAGAAUCUGGUGAAAAAGGCGAUAAAGGUCUACCUGGACUUGUUGGUGAGGCAGGAACAAAUGGGCCUUCAGGUCCAAAUGGUGCUAUUGGCAUACCGGGUUUGCCAGGAAAAGAAGGAUUUGUCGGACAAUCUGGAAAACAAGGACCAAAAGGAGAGCCUGGAGUUAAAGGGAAGCCAGGUGGCACUGGGAGGAUUGGAUCAGUUGGUCUUUCAGGACCAAGUGGGAAGAAAGGAGAGCUUGGAGCAAAAGGAAAAAUAGGCCUAGUGGGUCAGCCAGGAGCUGUGGGUCUUCGUGGACUAAAGGGAAAACCAGGAUCUUCCGGACCUCCUGGAGAAAAAGGAGUCAAGGGUCAGCCAGGGCCAAAAGGAAUAAGCGGUUCUCCUGGAAGCAAAGGAAGUAAAGGUGCUGCAGGAAAGCCAGGACCUCAAGGACUAAAAGGGAAACAAGGCAAACGUGGUCUCCCUGGAACACAAGGACGUAGUGGUACAGAUGGACUGCUGGGAGUUAUAGGCACUGAAGGCGACCCAGGUGACAUUGGAUUGCGAGGACCUCCAGGGAGGCCGGGUCCUCCAGGUAGUGCUGGUGCCCCAGGAACACCAGGUUUGCAAGGAAGUCAAGGACUACCUGGACCAAAGGGUGCUGUAGGACCAAAAGGGAAACCAGGGCCCACCGUGCUGAUAGGACCAAAGGGGAUUCUGGGACUUCAAGGUGAAAAGGGAGACGUUGGACGGAAAGGACCAAAGGGCCUUGUUGGUAUUAAAGGAUUACAAGGGCCUAUUGGACCACCAGGAGCAAAGGGAAAGCAAGGUGCUCCAGGGUACAAGGGACGGCCUGGGCCAAAAGGCAUACAGGGUGAAGCUGGUGCUCGUGGGCCUCCUGGUGGCAAAGGAUUCCCUGGUUCACCUGGUCCAUCUGGAAGGAAGGGUAUGAAAGGAGUUCAGGGAAUAUCAGGAAAAAAAGGCUUGAAAGGUUGGAGAGGACCACCUGGAAAACCAGGUAUUCCUGGCCAGCAGAUACCAGGGCAUCAUACUCCACCUCCUGCUCAGAGAAGAGGAUCACAAAAUAAAGCAAGGUUAUUAUCCAGAAAGUCUCGAUUUCAUGACCCGGAAAAUAGCCGCUCACAAGGCACCAAAGACAACCCAGCAACCACCUGCAGAGAGCUGAGUCUCAUCCAGCCUCAACUCAGAGACGGGCACUACUACAUUGACCCUAACCAUGGAUGUCCAUUUGAUGCUCUCCGUGUGUUCUGUAAUUUUACUGCUGGCGGUCUAACUUGUGUGUCUCCUAUCCAGUCUAAAAUUUCAGGCUUGUGGCCAUCAGACAGAUCUAAAAAGUGGGUUAGUGAGCUUGACAGAGGCUUGAAGUUUGAGUACAGAGAUCUUGAUGUUGUCCAACUGCGAUUCCUACGGUUACACAGCAACUCUGCCACACAAAGCAUCAGACUGACAUGUCCUAAUAAACACAGCCUGACUGCUGAACACCAGGAUACCACCAAGAGGGUGUUACGGUUAUGGGGCGACUCCGAUCAAGAAAUCCAUUCAUCCCAUGUCAUCAUAUUACAACAUGGUUGUGAGAUAACAGCACAGGUGAGUGUUCUGGGGAAUUCAGAGGCUCACAGAGGAGACAUGCAACUACUUCCCAUAAGAGAUGUUCUUUGGCAAGCUGGAGGAGAAACCUUGCAAGGAGAAGUGAGCGUCGUCCUCGGACAUUUGUGCUUUUUAUAGCAUCCUUCCAAAAAUAGAUGCUGUUCACAGAGAACCUAGGAGAACUCCAUUGUUCUCAGCACAUACUGUACAAUUAGAACUAAUAUUGUAUUAUAGUGUGGAGUAUGUCAUGUUUAGUUAUUUACAACAUUUGUUCUCUGGGUUUAAAUUUUUUAGAUUUACAGUAGACUGCAAUAGUGGUGCAAUAACUGUGUGUGUGCAUGUGGUAAGUUUAUUUAGACUUAAGUGGGUUGUGAGUAUUUAUGAUAAUGAUUUAUGUAUGCAAAGUUGUAAGAAUUUGUUUCAAAGAAGAAAUGUGUAUAUUAAAUGUGUUUACACCUUAAUUUUUUUUAACUGUUAUUAAACAAUAAAA